AAAACAGAAAUUACCGUAUUUUUCGCUCCAUAAGACGCACCUGACCAUAAGAUGCACCUAGGUUUUAGAGGAGAAAAACAAGAAAAAAAUAUUCUGCAGUCAGAGACUGCGGACACAGUACAGGAGAUGACCAGAGACUGCGGACACAGUACAGGAGAUGACCAGAGACUGCGGACACAGUACAGGAGAUGACCAGAGACUGCGGACACAGUACAGGAGAUGACCAGAGACUGCGGACACAGUACAGGAGAUGACCAGAGACUGCAGACACAGUACAGGAGAUGACCAGAGACUGCGG